AUGGGGUCUACUGCGUUGCUGGUGGCCCUGAUGGCAGUGGCGAUGACAGUGGCAAGGGUCAGGAGUCAGGACGGCGAGUCCAUUGCCACCAGCUUCCUCUCAGGGCCGAGGCCCAAGCCUCCCGCGACGACCACUUCUACGACCACAACACCAGCUCCUCCUGAUGACCGGCCAGACUGUCCAGGGUCCUGUAUUGUUUCAUACUUGUCUUUCACAUGUUUCAGGAAUGCAGAGAUGACAGAGUUGUUCCGGUGUCGAAAGUCUGGGACUCAGUGUUGUGCUCCAAAGAGCAUGAUCCGCGAGAUGCUGGACCAGAGGCACGGAGGCAAUGGACAGGCCAGGAAUGAAACAGUUUCUCCCCACUAUAGGCUACCAUCAGCACACACUACUGGCCAUUUGCCAUCUGCCCUUGCACCGGGCCCUUCAGCUGGCAGUUCCACAACACCCCGUCCACCCGUGUACAGCAAGUACGUGUGUGGAGUGAAGGGGACGGCCCGCGGCCGGGACAGGCAGGGCCGUGUUGUGGGUGGGGAGGAUGGUGACCCGGCAGAGUGGUGCUGGCAGGUGGCACUCAUCAACUCCCUGAACCAGUACCUCUGCGGCGGUGCACUUAUUGGCACUCAGUGGGUCCUCACAGCUGCUCACUGUGUUACUAACAUCGUACGGUCGGGAGACGCAAUCUACGUGCGUGUCGGUGACCACGACUUGACGCAGAAGUACGGCAGUCCGGGCGCGCAGACUCUUCGAGUGAGCACUACGUACAUCCACCACAACCACAACAGCCAGACGCUUGACAAUGACAUCGCACUUCUGAAACUGCAUGGACAAGCAGAGCUUAAGGAUGGGGUGUGUCUUGUGUGUCUCCCGGCACGGGGCGUGAGUCAGGCGGCUGGCAAGAGGUGCACGGUCACAGGCUACGGCUACAUGGGGGAGGCUGGUCCGAUCCCACUUCGUGUUCGAGAAGCUGAGAUUCCUAUCGUCAGUGAUGCUGAGUGUAUCCGCAAGAUCAAUGCAGUCACAGAAAAAAUAUUUAUCCUACCAGCUAGUAGUUUCUGCGCUGGCGGAGAAGAAGGCAAUGAUGCAUGUCAGGGAGAUGGAGGUGGUCCCCUGGUUUGUCAGGAUGAUGGCUUCUAUGAGCUGGCAGGCUUGGUGUCGUGGGGCUUCGGCUGCGGGAGAGUGGACGUUCCGGGUGUUUACGUCAAAGUGUCGUCAUUUAUCGGGUGGAUCAACCAGAUCAUCAGCGUGAACAACCUGUAGGUCAUGCACAUGGAGACAGCAACAAGAAAGUUUACUUGCUCAAGAGUCGAAUGUGGGUCUCGUGGUUAGAUAUUUGUGAUUACAUUUUAAUGUGUUCGCUUGGAAAGUGUUGUUAGAUUAAGCUGUUUGGCAGCGUAGUCCAAAAUUCAACAUCACAAAAGUGAAUCCAUAAUUUCAAAAAGGUCCUGAGCAAGUCCAGUACACUUCACAUCCUCACAACUUAAGUCAUUAAGAUAGAUUUUAAUAUUGUCCUCUUAAUUCUCAGUCCUCUACGUAGCCACCUUCCUCGAAGUUUCCUCACUUCAUUCGUUACGUAUCCGACCUACAUUUUUACUUGGGCGGCAGACCGUGGUUGAAAAGGUUUUAGAUCGUUCUUACAGGGCUCUGCGUAUUCUUAACAGUCUGUAUUUCCUUUUAAAUUUUUAGUUAAUAUUUAUUUUUGUGGAGUUGGCUUGAUUACUUGUAUGCUGACUUCCACUUUUACGGAGGGUGCAGUGCACUGUGUGUGUUUAUAUAUAUAUAAACAAGAAACAUCUAGAAUUUUGGUGGGAAAACCUCUGCUUGAUAAAUUACUGCAGAGUGAAGAAUUGAGAGAAUAAUAUUAGAAUAAAUAUUGUUGAUAUAAUGCAUUAUGAAAUGGAUGUGAUGGAAAUAGCUCAAAUGCUGUCCAUUGGUGGGCAUUUAUGUUAGUGGUGCUGAUCUUCCAGGUUCUAGUACUAGACAGUGAGCGAGUCAUUAAAGUAUAUGUAAAUAUAUUGAAAGGACUCUGAUGUGUUUUGUGUGGAAGAAAAUGACAUAUUUAUAUAAGAGUUUUCUUAGUAAUUCCAUUUAUUGGGGCCAAGUUAAGACGGUGUUAUAUUUUAGGAUCCUAAUAUCCAAAUCUGCUCCAUACCUCUUUGCAAAUUAGUGCCGUUUAAAUGACGUAUUUAACACGCUCGGCUUGCCGCUAAGACUGCCAAACUGAGUGAAGAUUAAUUUUCUGUUCAGUACCUGAUAUGCCCUUCACAGGCAGUUUCACUUUUUUAACAGACACCAGGUGGCGUAACAUUGCUGUUGCCUUCUCGUGUCCCCCUCUCCCUGCCAGUGAACCAAUGAGAUAAGUACAUAUAAAUCUGCCUCAUGCUUACAGCUAGUUAGUGUUGCAUCUAAUUCAUAUGUUGUUUUUGUUUGUUUGUUUGUUAACACAUGGUUCAAACAAUUGAUUACAUAUUUUCAGGACUUCCUGUUUCCAACCAGUAGAUAGCUGACUAUCUUGUAAGUGUUACUGAUUGAUUAUUUGUUUAUAGAUGACUGUGUUACUGGUCCUGAUUAUGAACAUGACUGGUCAGUUGUUUUACAGUGUCAUGGAAAUUGUUCCGUAGCGUGCAAGCGUUGGUUCAGUGAUUAGCUUGUAGAUAAUGAUUACAGUAAUCUUUAUCACUUCUGUGGGUUGAGAUAUUCUGGGUUUUGUUGCUCUGUAGUCUCGUAGGCGUUCACCAGCGUUCGAGAGUAAAAUAUUUCCAAUAUCUUCAGGGUAAAAUUUCUACAAGACUGUAUGAUGACGCAACCGAGAUCACAAAGAACCUCAAUCUCCUUUCUGUCACUUUUGUCUGGGAAUGAUAAUUUCCCGUUGUGUCGUAACAUUCAGCCCAUUUCAUUUGCACGGUGAAAGGCCAAUCAGCUGUCUGAGGUUUAGUAAAUGAACAGUUACAUUUCAGAUUGUGGAACAUUCAUAAUGUUUAUUUUCAAGCAGUUGUAGGAAGUCACUUGUUAGGAUUUCUGAAACUGAAUGGGAGUUGAAAGCAUGAAUUAAUAUUAUUGAUGGUCUGUCAUCUCUUGCAUCUUUAUACUGAAGUUGUCAACAUGAAAAGAGGGGAUUGAAAAACCGCAGACGCGACAAAACAAGGACGUCUGUACAACUCGAGGCUUUUCUAAGUUACCAGAGAGAAUAAAGAGUGUGUGUGUAGAGUAGAGGGAACAGUUGGCAGUGAAUCAGGAAGGCUGCCUUGAGCCUUGGUGCAGAUUAGUCUCUUGUUACUAUCAUAAUGUUCAGGGUACUCAUCAACAGGUUCAGUUCUAUCAGUGCUGUGCACACCUGCGCCCUAGUGUUACAAACAGAAUCCGUUCCCCUGGGAAACUGGAAAAUAUUUUAUAAACAAUCCAGAUAAGAGGAAAAUAAAUCAAAAUUAAGAGAAAGGUCAAUUUAACAAAAAUUAAAUUCCACUUUUCCAUUUGUAGGUGUUAGAAGGGUGACACUGAUAGAGUUACAUUGCCAUGCAGAAUUAAGUAACAGUUGUCCUGUUCAUUAGGAGUCCAGUCACCUGACCUGACUGCUUCCUGUCAUUAAAAUUCCCUAACUUAUUUGUUUAUUAAUUUCUUUGCGGGUUAUUUAUUAUUAAAUAACGGCGAGAGUGGCCUCGCAUGAUUCGUGCUCAUCUUUUUAAAGGUACAACUGUGCAUCAGGCCACUUCACCAUUUUAAUUUUUAACGCCACACCUUUGCUUAUGAACUAAUGUGUCAGGUUCAAGUACAUUUAAAAAAAAACAUCAGAAGUAAUUAAACAAAAUAAAUGUUAAUGUAGAAGUUAGUAAGGAAGGCUUUUGAUAAAUGUAAUUUGUGACAGGCAAAGUGUGGUAUAGAACAUUGGUGUUCUUGUUCAGUGAUUCAUUAAAUUGCAUUAUUAGAAGGUCCUUAGUGCCUUAGGGAUGCAAGUGGCGUGUGCCUGUAGACGAAGCUGUGUAGCAUGAGACGAGCAAUGAGUGAAACAUUUUAAUGUUUAUUUUAAGCUACAGCUGAUGUGUGUAGAGCUUUUUAUGCACUUCAAACUGCCAGUGUUAAGCUUCAUUCUUAAUAACCGCUGUACUUGAUACUCGACCUUUGAAUGAAUAUGGUCCCAGAGAUUGUGCGUUACAGAAUUACUAAAAAGCAGUGCUCAUUCAGGUUAUGUUUUGUGAUUUCCUGGCACCAAGAAAACUCCAGUCAUUUCUACAGAGUUUUAGGACAUAAUUGGUUUAAUUUAAUUUUGUAAUUAUGAGCACACUGGUAAUUAAUAAGAGUAAUAAAAAUGUGUUGUGCUUCUCUUAGAUUCAUGAAA